GGCAUAAAGCUCCUACGAACAUGCAAGCAGCUCCGAGAAGAAGGUGCCGCGGUCCUUUAUGGAUCCAACACCUUCGAUUUCUCCACGCAGCACGCGCCAGGCCAACCCAUACUCUACGACGAGCCCCAUCGGAUCCCUGGAUAUCUUACGGAAGAUGGAGAAUACCCCACGAGCGAGCAAAUCUUGCAAAGUAUCGAAAACCUCUUUGUCAACGACCAAACGCAGUUCAAACAACCAAAAUUCCUUUGGCGGGACCCGCUCACUAAAUUUAUGACAAAGACCGGUCGAUACAAUGCAGGGCUCAUCAAGUCCAUCAGGCUCAAUGGUACCUUCAAAGACGGCACGUAUUAUGAAUGCCCUCUAGCACAGACUCUUCCGAUGUAUGCCUUGAUAUUGCAGCAUGCAUGCCAAAGUCUGAGGAAGGUUACCUUACAGGCGCAUCUGAGAAGGGAACCCUGGCCACACCGGGCAGAUUACAAUGAAGGGGAGCCUGAUAAAGAAAUCAUUGACGACAUUGUGGGCAGGUUCGUUGAAAGUUUGCCGCAAUUAAGUCAACUGUGCCUAGGAUUCCGUGGAGACUUUCACGGUGAUGAGAUGUCGCCUACUGACAAGGAGAAGGAGAAGGACGAGAGCGUGUUCGGAGAGGCUUUGCGUUGGGUCGACAUUGUGAAAAAGCGCGCAGGGAAUGAGACUAUCACUUUUCCCGAUGCAGCCCGCCGCGGCGGCGACUACGAGCUAUACUUGGAGCCGAAGGGAAGUGGUAGCGAAGCGGGGAUUUCUGAGGUCUUCGAAGCUGGAGGAGAACACUCAUCUUGA